AUGAAGCUCCUCACCUUGAACUUCCUCACCUGCGCCAUAAAAACCUGCAAAACAAACCCCGCAUCCUUCCCCCUACACCCGCGCGACGCCGAACUCGAAAUUGUAGAAGCAGACGUCAACCUAGCCUUUCUCAAAAACAUCUUGCCGAGGUUGAUGUGGAAUGAGUUGAGGGGGAUAUGCAGUGAGCUCGGUCUCCCUGAACUUCCACCAACAGCACCCACACCCGCCGACCUUGUCGAGCCUUCUUCUACCUCUGCCUCUGCGUUAGAUACCACGGAUACGACACCGGCAACAGCAACUGAACAAGUAGAAGAGGAGCCUAGCCAGACAGCGAAGGAUCUACACAGGAUAUUACUCGAGACAUGUAUACAAGAGGGCAAGCUAGUAUGUGGAGCAUGUGAGCAUGAGUAUGCGGUCAAGGAGGGGGUCGCGAACUUCCUGUUGCCGGGACACCUGGUAUGA